AAAAGAAAACUGAAGAGACUGCAUCACUGCGUACAGGACAAGCUCCAAAGCAGGACUCGGAGUUAAGUGGCAACACUGGCAAAAGAGAUGGGCAUCAAGGAUGGAGGGCGCGGCGAGCCGGAUCAGAAUAACGCUGCCAACUCCUAAGGUGGAGACCCAGAGUCUAUGCGGCAGGAGACGGUCACGUUCUGCUUCAUCACUACAUUCAGCGUCCCUGGGACAGGUACAAGCCUGGGAUUCGACAGCAUCCCUGGAAAGAAGAAACUUCUGAUGAUCCUCAGGUUACGAAUGAGAAUUUUAACGUAGUGAAUGGUUUUCAGUGAACUGCAAAUUCUUCUCAGAGAGAAGUGAGGAACCAUAGUGCACUUUGCUGUGUGACCAUCCUGUGCUUCGCUGCAGUGAUCAUCUCCCGGUUCAGAACUUUACGCUCACGAGAGAGUUUUCACUUUCAACACAGUUGAAAUCAAGGUUCAGCCAUCUGCCAAAGUAAAGAAUGGAGCUCCUAUGGCGAUUGUCUGCCAUGCUGAUAUUAGCAAAAGUACCGAUUUCCAGCUGAAGCAUAAUUUUACAAUUUUAAAGGAUGGCAAGCUUGUAUUCAUGACUGUAUCAGACAAAGGAGAAGCACGCUAUGAAAUAUCUACAGCUAGAUCUUCAGAUACAGGAGACUAUGAAUGUACUGUGGAAGCAGGUGGAAAGACAAAGACUAGUAACUCCUCACAUGUUUGGGUAACAGGAAUGACAAAGCCAAUCCUGACUGCUGAGAAAAAAGAAGUUUUGGAGGGUGAAGUUGUGAAAUUACGUUGUGAGUUGCCAGAAGAAGUACCUCCUUUGUUUUUCUUUUUCCGGAAGAUGAAGAUGAAUUCAACGCCUAAAGAAAAACAUGUAUUUGAACCACACAGAAAUUUUUCUGUAGUGGAGUUUUCUGUUGAAGAGGGAGAUAAUAUUUUACAAUUUGAUUGCUUUGGUAGGAGAAUUGUAAAACUUGAAUACGAAAACUCAGAACACAGCAACAAAACGCUUGUUACAGUCAGGGAACCAUUUAUAAAGCCUACUCUGAGUGCCAGGCCCUCAAGUAAUGUUACAGAAGGAGACAGAAUGCAGUUUGAAUGCUCAACUGUUGUAGCCCGACUGCGUGAUAUUGAGAUCAUACUCCAGAAAAACAAAACUAUACUGAACAGUGUACGAGAUGAGAAAGUUUUGAAAUACACUGCGGUAGCUACUCUAGAGGACAGCGGUGAAUACCUGUGUAAGGUGGAGCAAGGGAGAGCAUCAAAAAGCACCAAACUGAAUGUUUUUGUGUCAGAGUUAUUUCCCAAGCCAAUAUUGGUGGCUCCUAUGAGUAACCUGGAUGAAAAUAAAGAGUUAACUCUGAGUUGCAGCAUUAGUGGUUUUCGGAAAGCCAACUUCUCUAUUUUGCGGAAAAAUUCAAAUGGAGACGUCUGGUUAAAGAAUUCCAGAAACUUAACAAUGAGAGUUAAUGUGAAUGAUACUGGAUCCUAUAGCUGUAAAGCUGAAGUAAGAGGAAUAGUCAAGGAGAGCAAACCUGUAAGGAUAAACGUUUAUGCUCCAGUCUCCAAGCCAACUCUUUCUGUUGUCAGUGGUUUGCCAGAGGUGGUGUUAGGCAAGUCUCUACGGUUGAUCUGUCAUUCGGUAACGGGAACACCACCAAUAACAUUCACAUUCUACAAAGGAAAUGAAGUUAAGAAAACAGUAAUUAAUGACACAUAUGCUACAUUCUUGGAUGAAAACAUUAGGGAAAAUGACAAAAGAGGAUACAAAUGCGAUGCUAGAAACAAUCACUCCAGUGGUAUGAAGACUAGCAGUAUUCUAAACAUCACAGUGAUAGUACCCAUCAAAAAUGCCAGCUUGGGCAGCGUUCCUAAUGGUGAAGUGGAAGAUGGCAGUGAUAUUGCUUUUCUCUGCACUGUGAAUGAAGGAUCUUGGCCAAUCCACUUCAAGUUUUUUAGAAAAACUGAUCAUGAAGUUCUGCUAUAUGAAAGAAGUGAAAAUGCAGACAGAAUGCUGUGGCGCAAGAAAGGAAUGAGCAAGCAGGACGUGGGGUCAUAUUACUGUGUGGCUUCUAAUCGAGCUAAGAUGGAUGUGAAAAGCCAUCCAAUAACCAUCAGUGUCAUCUUAGCAACUUGGCAGAAAGGAGUCAUUGCUGCAUUUGUCCUACUACCUAUUGCAGGAGCAGUAACUCUCACUUCUUGGUGGUUUUUGUAUAAGAAGAAAAAGGCUAAAGGACCGUCCAUGGAGAUGUCUGGUUCUGCCUUGGCUACAAACUCGACAAGUGAAAAACUGACAAGACAGCACAAUGAUGGAGACUAUUAUUCAGGAUCAGGUUACAUUGAAGAUAGUGAAAAUCACAUGAAACCAACAGAUGAGAGCAAAGGACCUGACCUUGAGAGCGCAGAUGUGGAGUACACUGAAGUUGAAGUAUCAACGCUUGAUCCUCACAGAGCUCCUGUACAGAAGGGGACUGAAACAGUUUAUAGUGAAAUCAGAAAAGCUAAUAAUGAUUCUGUGGAAAACAGACACUCUAGAAUAUACGGGCAUCCUGAUGCCACUUAGAACAGUCAUCUCAAACAUCAGCUGGGAGAAGAACACAAGCCAAGAUGGAAGAUGUUGUAAAUGUUCAAAAGCCUCCAGCGCUUAUUUAUGAAUUUGCCAGGCUCUUCUUUUCGAAGUUUAUUUCCUCAGAGGGAACAACAGAGAUGUUCCUAAAGCAUAUAAUGGAAAAAAUGACAAAAAUUCUCAUACAGAAGUGGAUCUAGAAACCACUGACCGAGGUUCCCAUCUUUAAUUUCUCCUGCUAAUGCAAUUUUGCCUAUCUAGCCUCCAGUUCAUCAUGCUCUGAGGAAAUAAAAGGUGAAGCUACAGCUGAGGAAGUCCAUUUCUGCAGUGCAGUAACUACUGUGAUGCAAGUAGGAUGUAGAAAUACCUAAGCUUGCUUUAAACUAGCUAACUUGGUUAUCAGUACCAUCCUACUGUGGCAGAACAGAGCUCAGCACAGCUUGGCCAGCCAUGUACGUACUUUGAUGAGAUCUUGCAGCUUGUGCUGAGCUCCCUGUGCUGCAGCAGCUGGACUGCUACCAGUCUUGGAGCCGGCUAAUUUAUAGCUCACUUGGAUGCUACACCGCAGUCGGGGCCCAAUGGAAAAGUGAGCUUUGGGCUCUCUAAAACUUGAAUAACUGUUCAGACAUUCAGUACUUUACCAAGUGCUUCUAUCAGGAGAGGCACAAAUUUUCUUUAUUCUUCACUAAAUUGCUUUCCCCCCCUUGAAAGUUCUGAUGCUCAUUGGUUACUUUGGUGUGGUGGUUCUUCAAAGAAUCGUUGCCCAUCACAGUUACUUUGGAUGAUGCCAAAUAUAGAUCUUGAGUGGGUGGAUGUACUGCACCCAGGUCAGUGAGUUUGUACCUGAAAAUCCUGUUACAUAUAAUCCUUAUUCCUAUGAUUUCAGGAGAGAUCUGAAGUCUCACUCGUCUCCAGUUUGUCCAGUAUGGAACUCCAUACAUGUCUUUUCUCUCUGUAGUAUGAUAAGCCACUAACAUGGGUCCAGUUUGGGCCUGGAUUUAAUCUUUGCAGCCCAUGUUUAUCUCAGUUGCAUUAGUUUAAAAAAAAGAACACAAAACAAACCAGAAAAAUACUGCCCCAAAUCCCUUAAACAGCUGGUCUUUGACACUGCAAUUGCUUUCCUUUUCUUACUGCAGAUUAAAUUGCUACAAGAUCUGGGCCACAGGUAAGAAGGUUCUCAUUUUAAUUAGAAAAUAGUGAAAGAGAAGACAUGGAGUUGUAUAUACAUAUAUAGUUAUUGCUUUAAGCGUUGCAUCAAAGGCACAAAACCAGCAAGAAAUACAAAAGGGUUUUAUAACCUCAUUCCACACAUUUAAUUUUUCAGUAUCCAGUUACUGGCUAAUAUUUCUAAUUUAUUGUUCCCUGUGCAAAUGUUGUUUGUAUCAUAAGCCUUUCACAAAUGACUGACUUCACAGCACUACUCAGUCGACAAAUGUUCUUUCUACAUCCCAUGAGUGUCCAUACAAAUGCAU